AAUGAUGAUGAUGAUGACUACAUCAACAACGAAAACAUCUGUUGAACAAGUUAUUAUCGAAGAAGAAGAUGAAGAAGAAGAAGAUGUAGAAGUGGAAGAAAAGCCAGAUUAUAAACCAGAUGAUGAAGGAUUUAAUGAUGAUGAUAUUGAUGUUGAAAGUAAGAUUAUCGUUUCAACACCACCACCACCACCAUCAUCAUCAUCAAUAUCAAAUAAUUUGAAUCAAAAUAAUGAAAAAAAUCAAGAUCAAGAUGAAGAAUAUUAUGUUCAACCAGUGAUAUUUAAUUCAACAAAUUUAGAAAAUUUAGAUUUUUGUUGGCCCAUUCAUGAUAAUAAUGAUAAUGCUGAUGAUGAUGAUGGAUCGACGACAAAAAUAUCGACCAUAUCAACAUCGACAAGUUAUAAUGAUGAUGAUGAUGAUGAUGAUGCUGCUGCUGUUGUUGUUGUUGUUGUUGGUGAUGGUGAUGAUGAUGAUGAUGAUAAUGUAGACAAUAAUACUUGUCAAAAUCUGUCAAUCACUAAUAAAACAGGUGUCAAUGAUGUUAUUAUUGACGACAACUAUAACGUUGACGAUAAUAAUCCAUUAUUUGAUAAUGGAUUAUUAUUCCAUCACCAUAAGGACCAUGAAGAUCAAAUUAAAGUGGAUAAUAAUUUACAAAAUUCCAACAAUGUCUAUGACGAUGAUGAUGGCGAUGACGAUGAUGAUGUUGAUGGAUAUUAUUGCCAAAAUCAUUGUAUAAAUGGAAAAAUUUUUCGACAACAAAAUUUAAUCAAAAUGAAUCCUGUUGAUGUCGAUGAUUCGGAAAUUACACAAUUGAAAUCUAAAACUGAUGAAGUACCAGAAACUUUGAAUGAAUUCCAGCCACAACAACAACAACAACAACAAUUAUUAAUAAAAGCAAAAAAUGGAUCAAUUCGUGGUAAACGUAAUAAUGUACGACAAACAAUAAAUAAUUAUAUACGUCUUGUACAAUCAUCAUUGAAUAAUGAAAUUGGUCAAAGAAAUUUCAUCGAAGAAGAACAGAAUCGUUGCAUUCUUUAUGUUACAACAUUAGCAAUCAUCAGAAAAACAUUAUCCGAUUCAAAAGGAUUACAAUCAAUAUUGAAAAAUCAUUUCAUACAAUUUGAAUUAAGAGAUGUUUAUAUUAAUGAUCAAUAUCGUCAGGAAUUAAUUGAACGUUUAAAUGGUAAACUGAUUAUUCCUUCAUUGUUUAUUGAUGGUCAAUUUAUUGGUUCAUUCACACAAAUUGAAAAACUUAAUGAAACAGGUCAACUGAUAUCUUUAUUGCAAAGAUUUAAACGUUGUACAAUUGAUUCAUCAUCAUCAUCAUCAUCAUCAGUAGCAGCAGCAGCAACAACAAAAAAUAAUGGAGUAAUUGAUGGUCAACAAAUAUCCAAUAUAAAUGGUCAACAUGAUGAUGAUCAUAAUCAAAAACAACAAAAUCGACAACAACAACAACAACAACAACAAAGAUUAUUAAUCGAACCAGAUUGUAUACGUUGUGGAAAUAGACAAUUUAUAAAUUGUAUACGUUGUCAUGGUUCUGGACGUUUUAUUGUACAUCAUUUUCCUGGCUGUAGUGUUGGAUUAAAAUGUACCUAUUGUAAUCGUUCCGGUAUGAUACGUUGUCCUGAUUGUCAUGUAAUAAUAGAUUGUUGAUUUGAUAAACAAACCACCGGUAAAACAUUUUUUUUUUCAAUUUCAUUCGAAACAAAUUACACACACACACACCUCUAUCCAUCAUAAUGAAACAUAUCAAUUUAACACCAUCCCCACACCAUCAUCAUCAUCAUCAUCAUCAUCAUUGCAUGCAAAAAUAGAAUUUAUCCAUUCAUUACACGCAUACACGUACACACGAUGUGUUGAAUUGAAAAAUUCCAAAUUCCAAAUUUCAAAAUAUAUCAUUAUUUUGUCCAUGUCACUCACAUAUGCACCACCGAAAACAAAACAAAAAAACUGGUCAAGAAUGAAAACAAAA